AUCCGCUGUCACGAACCAUCUGCAAGCGGUUUGCAGCUCACUUUCUCCAGACUUUCCAUGCUUCCAAAGUCUCCACCAGGACGACUAGUCGCGAAUCCCACGUCCCUGUCUUCGGUUCACUGUCAGCGUCGUGACAUGGCGACAUACCACAGAUGCUUGUUAGUGUAGCAAAGGCUCGAAUGUAUAAACGCGAUAUAACUUAACUCUCGCCCACACCCCGAAACCACUAUGACCGGCCUUGGCUCCGUGGACCAGUUCGAGCUCAUCCUCGGUGAUCAUUAGCUAUGAUGGGUAUCAAAUCGGUAACACAGCACUUCAACAAGAGGCUCUUUGCCUCUGUGUUCCUGAUCGCCGUAUCGCAGUUCAACUAUGGCUUCGACAACCAGGCCUUCACCUCGACGCAGGCCAUGGAUGCCUUUGAGAGGCAAUUUGGCGAGUACGACGACGCGACAAGGCAAUGGAAAAUUCCGACGUACUUUUUGUCGUUGCUGAAUAGUCUGAAUUACAUUGGCUUCGCUGCUGGCCUCGUAAUUGGAAGUCUGACCAGCGCACGCUUCGGUCGUCGCACGACUAUGAUCGUGAUGAGCGUCUACGCCCUUAUUAGUGCCACGGUUGUAGUCACAUCCACGACUAAGGAACAAAUUCUCGUAGGCAGAAUCCUAAACUAUGUCUACGUUGGAUUCGAACUGGCUGUGGUCCCCGUAUACCAGUCAGAAAUCGUCCCGGCUCCGGUUCGAGGAAUGGUCGUUGGAACAUAUCAACUCUCCAUUGGCCUCGGUGGCCUCGUCAUUAACUCCAUCUGCCGCGGAACAUCAGGUUUCCAAGACAGCCGUGCCUAUAAGAUUCCCUUCGGUCUCUUCUACGUUAUCCCAUCAAUCGUGCUAGCCUUGGUCUGGUUCAUACCAGAGUCUCCCCGCUGGCUCCUCCUUCGAGACCGCGUAGAGGAAGCGAGAAAAGCCCACCACCUCCUCCGCGAAGGGACCAUGUCCGACGAUGACAUUGCCCACGAAUUCUCUAAGAUCCAACAAUCCCUCCUCGAUGAGCCCGAGCAGGGCCGAACAAAGGAGCUCUUCCAAGGCGUGAACCGGAAGCGCACCGCCAUCGCCGUCGGCAUGUCCUUCUUCCAGCAGGCGACUGGCCAGGCUUUCGCAUCGCAGUAUGGCGCUGUCUGGGUCAAGUCACUCGGCACGCUGAACCCGUUCGAUGUCACGCUGGGGUCGUCGGCGCUGACGACUGGAUUGAUUAUUACAUGUUUAUUCUUGACGGAUCGGAUUGGACGACGCAAAAUCCUACUUGUUGGUGCUGCGGUUCAGACAGUUGCACUAUACACAAUGGCUGGCCUCGGCGUACCAAGGCCCGUCCCCAACGCCAAUAAGUCAGGCAUGGUCGGCAUGCUCCUCCUAUUCGGCGCCGGCUUCGGUCUCGGAUGGGGCCCCCUAACCUACGUAGUCGUAACCGAAGUCCCAGCCCUCCGCCUCCGCGAUCGCUCCCAGCGCGUCUCCUCCCUCGUCAACAUCUUCAUGAACUUCCUCGUCAACUUCACCCUACCCUACCUCCUCAACGCGCCCUACGCCGCGCUACAAAGCAAAGUCGGCUUCAUCUUUGGCAGCAUCGCCGUCUUCUCGGCAUUGUUUGUCUUCUUCUGCGUGCCAGAGUGUAAGGGGAGGAGCCUCGAGGAGAUUGAUCGCAUAUUCCACGAUGGCGUGCCGGUGAGGCACUUUGGGGACUAUCCGAGGUCCGAGGUACAGAUCAACCCGGGUAAGGUCGUUGAUGAGGAAGAGACUGGUGAUCGGCUUGCACCAGAAGAGGUCAAGUGAAAUGGUCGCAGUCAGAAGUUGAGGAUCAGGAUGGAUUGAGAAGCCCACCGGCAGCCCUCGACUCGAAAACUCGACUUAGAUUCCGAGUCGAUGGCGUGACGAGUAUUCCUCGCAUGGAAGU